GCUAGCCACAGAUCUUUUCUUCCCUUUGCUGCGCUGCUCUCGUCUCUCUCCCGGCUCCUCCCUUUCGUCGAACCCCCCCCCCCCCCCUCCUCCCCCCAAAACCAUGGCGCUCGCGUCCGGCACGUCGUCCCGCCUUCUCCUCGGCCGCCCCGCCGGCACCGCGCGCCCCCACCUCGCCGUCUCCUCCUCUGCCUACUCCUCGAUCCGGUUCCUACGCGGCCGCAUGACCGUCUCCCUCCGCGGCUCCGCACCUCCAGCAGCAGCAGCAGCAGCAGCAACAUCUGGUAUCAUUGCUCCGGCUAUUUCAUUGACUGAGAAAGCCUUGAAACAUCUUAAUAAAAUGAGGGCUGAGCGGAAUGAGGAUCUCUGCCUAAGAAUUGGAGUGAGACAGGGUGGAUGCUCAGGCAUGUCCUACAUCAUGGAGUUUGAAAAUCGUGCAAAUGCCAGCCCUGAUGAUUCAGUUAUAGAAUAUGAUGGUUUUGCAAUAGUCUGUGAUCCAAAAAGCCUCCUCUUCAUGUUCGGAAUGGAGCUGGACUACAGCGAAGCGCUCAUUGGCGGUGGCUUCACCUUCCAGAAUCCAAAUGCAACAAAAACCUGUGGGUGUGGCAAAUCUUUUGCGACCGGGAAAGAAACUGAGAGCACGGCAACUGCCUGCAACAACUGAAGAAGUGGAGAAAUAGUUGUGUCAAAAAUGGGAUCAUAUGUAACAUGCCAUAUAGCUUUGCUGCUGUUGGUAAAACGAGUCUGAUGGAUAUACCACAGAUGCAUACUGAAGGGUGUCUCGAUUUGUGCUAGUACAAGUCUGCCUGUAUCCAGUAUCCAGUGGGACUUUUUACUGCUGUAAGCUUGUAACUGCUCAAUAGGAUUCAAAGAUUAGUUACCAUUA